AUUUUAGCCAAUAACUAAAGAGGCAUCGAUUAACUUCCAUAAUGCUCUAGAUCUAGAUCUAAAUUAUGUGACUCAUUAUUAGAUGAAAUAGUUAAGACAGUGUGCUUAAAAAGUUAUGGCGAUCUUCACACGUCAAACUCCUUGAUUCGUUCAUUGAUGGGACUUGAAAUAGUGCGGCUUAAUCAAGGAUAUUUACUGUUGGCUCUUAACAAAAUAUGGAGCCCGACCGUGCAUACAUUCGAGGACAAGACGGAAUACCUGUUUUAGUUGACCACUCUUCUAAUCCAUCAUCCCCAGUAAAUAAAAAGUCUAUGAAGUUUAAAGAAACAAAGACUGACCAGCCUGUAGAUUCCGUUAGAAAAGUAUCAAAGACAACCGGUGAAAUUUUGAAGGCGGUUUUUACCAUUGAUGGUGAAGGAUACGAUGUUAUUUUCAAUGAAAAAAUUGGGCGAAUAUCUUGGUCGACUAUGAACGCAACCGGACGCAGAAGAAGAUCUUCAAAAGGCUUUUCAAGUUUUAUUCAGAAACGAAGACUGUCUAUAACGGAAGAUACAUACCUUGAUGGCUUAGACAUUUCAUCUCUAUUUGGUGUUCAUUUAAAAAGACGUCAGAAAUCUAGCAGUGGCAAAGAAGAUGAAGGACAAUGUUUAGGCAUUGUGCUGAGCAUGAUUGAGAAGAAAAAUGUGAAUAUGUUAAGAGAGAAAACAGCAUUUCUAGAACAUCCCAGUGAAGAAUUAUGUUCUCCUUGGGUGGAAAAAAUUAAAGAUUGUAUUAAAAAAAUUCACCAUAGGCCUGCUGUCAUAAAACUAUUUCUGCAACCCUUUGCUGGAAAUAAAACUGGUCGAAGUCUUUAUAAAAAUACUAUUUCUCCAUUGUUUCAAAGUGCAGGUGUAAGCGUGGAUUUAACUGAGAUAAAACAUAAUGAAUUUGUAAAACAAGAAAUGGUACAUUUAAACCUUCAAGAUUAUGACUGUAUUGUUUGCAUGGGUGGAGAUGGUACAGUUAAUCACUUGGUGAAUGCUUUACUCACUCGUGCUCAGAAAGAAAAAGAUAUUGAAAUGAAACACAAUAUCACUCCAGUUAAAUGCCCCAUCCCACUAGGGAUCAUACCUACAGGGAAAACAAAUGACAUUGCUCAGUCAGUGAUGGGAGUUGCUGAUGCUGUGACAGCUACAUUACAUAUUAUUCAUGGCAAUUUUCAAGAUGUGGAUAUUUGUUCUGUAUACACACCUGAGAGAUUUCACCAAUGGGCUUUCAAUUGCCAGUAUGGCUUCACAGGCCAGGUUCUGACAUUCAUGAAAAAAUAUAAAACAUUGGGCUCUAAAAGAAUAGAUGCAGCUGUUAUUAAAGCCCUUACCAAAUCUAAAAUGAGAGCUUAUGAGUGUGACAUUGAGUAUAUUCCUGCUGAGUCUUCUUAUCCUAAAAAUACAGUUUGCAGAACAGGCUGUGACAUCUGUUGGAAUGAUGAAUGCAAACUAGAGCAUACAGAGGAGACAACUAUAGAUCUAGUACAGGAAUUGGAUCCCUUGAGUCAAUCUUUCUCAAGUGAUGCGAGUUCUAUUAUAGAUCUUCCACAGAACAACCCAUGGCGAUCAUUGAAAGGGAAAUACCUAAAUGUUGGUCUCUUUACACUUCCUGGAAUUUCAGAUUAUGCACCUCAAGGAUUCAGCAGAUACACACAUCUUAAUAAUGGUGUGAUUGAUUUAGUACUAAUCAAAGAUGUGGAAAAAAAAGAGUUUGUUAGACAUUUGCGGAGAUUUGGAAAUACUAAAGAUCCAUUUGAUUUUCCCUUUGUUGAAAUGUACCGAGUGAAAGAGCUUCGAUUCCGUCCACGAUAUCCCACAGGCUGGAACUACAACGAUCAUGACUUCAAUGAAAUCAAAUAUCAAAUGUCCAGAGAAGCAUCCCAACUACAAGUCAAGAAAUCUGUAGAAGUUAUAAAUGACUUGGAUCAUAUUACAAACCAUGACAACAAUCCUAGCAUAGAUACACUCGACUUAUCUGAUGAAGAAGAUGAACAAGAAGAAGAGAAAUCUGAAAAUCAAAAUCCACCAGAACGCCUUGUGGGACCCAUGUAUAGAAAGACUUUCUCAGAGAUAGAAAGGGAAAAACACAAAUGGCAUGUUAGAAAGAAAGAAGAAAAACUUAAAGCCAAAGAACAGGCAAAAAUGGUUUCUGUCUGGAGUAUUGACAAUCAAAUAGUCAACAAGCUUGAAUUAGACUUCAAAGUUCAUCAUGGUCUCUUGAGUGUUUCUGGACUUGGAGUUUCACCACAUACAGAGUUCAGCGAGGUUAGACUAGGCUGUUUGUCUGGCAUGUAGUUCAGUGACAUUCUCAGGAUGAUAUUGUCUGUGCAACUACAAACAUUUGUGUGAUGAUGGUACCCACUGAAUGAUAUUGAAGACUGAAAAUAUUGAGUUCAGGCAUUUUCUUGGCCCAAUUAUGUUUAACUUUAUUUACUAGUCAAAGUCUCUGAAGAGUUCACUCAAUGGAAGUUGAUGAUGAUUUAUCUUUAAAAUAGCAACAACACUCAAAAUAAAAUAAUAAACUUAUGCGAGUUUAUAUUAACUUAGGCUAUUAGCUGUAGCUUCUGAAUGAAACCUUAUGGAAAGUAUGUUAUCAUUCCUUAAAAAUAAUUAUCAGCACAUAACGAUACAUUUAAAGUUUACUUCUAGCCUUUAAUUUUGAAAUAAAGUAGAUAGAUUGGGUAACUAUAUUUAAUAUUAAAAUUCAAUUAAAAACAACAUCUGACCCCCGUAAGCAGUUUUUUUAAUACAAAAGCUAGAAAUCAACUAAAUCAACUUCCAUUUCUAAUAAUCCGUGGUAGUCUUUUUUUUUUCAAGUGUUCAAAUAUUUUAUUAAAAAUUGAGAUUUAUAAAGGGACAUAAUGUUUAUAGAUGAUCAUGUUAAAUGUUAUUAGACUGUUCAUAUCCAUUAAACUAAUUUUUAUAUGACAGUACUCUAAUAUAUUAAUGUAUAUCAUUUUAGUAUUGUUAAAGAAUCUAUUUCGUUUGAUUUAAUACUGUCUGGCUCACAAUAGUUGUAAUGCCUUUAAAAAUGUUGAUUACCAGAACAUAUUUUUUCGCCUUCUGACCAUGGAAAUGUUCAAUCAAGUAUUUACAUACUCUUUAUGAUAGCAUUUCAUUUUCCAUACCAUGAAAUCGUCUGACAAAAUGUAUUAGUCUGGCGAAAACGUUUUCUUCACUUAGAGCACAUUGUGUAAUUAUUUUGUGAAACAAAUCACCAUAUUUAUACACUGAAUGUUUUUCAUUUUGAGCAAAGUUGUUUCUUUUAAUAAAUGAUGUCAUUUGAACGAUUGUAUUUCUUUCAUUAAGAACUAUAUUUUUUAUAAAUUAUUAUUUAUAUACAGCAUUAUAUGUUCACAAUGAUAAACUUUCAAAGUCACUGUUCUGUUGUAUAACUUGCUUGAUUUCUCUAACUAGCAAUAAAUAGACUUUCUGUAUUUUGUGUACAAUCCAAACAUCUUUUAAAACAAUUUUAAAAUGUUGACAUGUAUAAUUACUAUACAAUAUGCAUUUUUAUGUAGUCACAGUAGUCAAGAGAUGUUUACUAAAUGGAAAGUAGCAGAGUGUCUUUUUUUUCUAUGUACAUUUAUAGAAAAUGUUCCUGUCACAAAUAAAUAACAACCAAGUU